CUUUCUGUGGUCCUCCACUCCCUGGGCUCUGUGCUAAGGCAAGGCUGAGCUAUUGGGAGAUGGAGGGUAUGUGCCAGAAGAGCCUCGUUCUUUCUCUGGCUCUGUGGCCUUAGCGGAGCCCUUCUCAUCCCUGAUUUAUGUCUUUGAGACACAGGAAGGUGGUCUGGGUAAUUCUUUAGAUCUCUCCAGAGAAGACUGGCCAAAGCGAGGGAUCCUUAGACUCCAGAACCACCCCUAGCUAGAAUGCCCUCCCUGGCAUGGAACUUCCCACCUCACAGGUGGGGUGGGUAAAUCUUUAACUUGCUAGCUCUGGGCAGACUGCAGUCUUUCUGGAUGACUGGCUGUGGGAGGGGGAUGGAAAUAAAGUGUGUCUGGACAGUCAUGCUGUGGUGAGCGGGAGGCAUAUUGGAAAGGGAAAGGAAUCCUGUGCACUACAAGAUAUGGAGGAACGUGGGUCUCCUGAUGGAGACCCAGCGUGGAACCUGGAGCAAGGGCCAGAAGGAUCAGAAACCCCCAUUCAAGUGGUGCUCAGGGUGCGUCCCAUGAGCACAGUGGAGCUGCGUCGAGGGGAGCAGAGUGCAUUGCACUGUUCGGGGACCAGGACUCUGCAGGUGAGCCCUCCGGGUGGAGGCCCCGAUGUGGCGUUCCGCUUCGGCGCUGUACUGGAUGGGGCGCGCACGCAGGAGGACGUGUUCAGAGCUUGCGGUGUGAAGCGCCUGGGUGAGCUGGCGCUGCGCGGUUUCUCCUGCACGGUCUUCACGUUUGGCCAGACUGGUUCUGGGAAGACCUACACUCUGACUGGACCCCCUCCGCAGGGGGAAGGGGUGCCCGUGCACCCGAGCCUGGCUGGCAUCAUGCAGAGGACCUUCACCUGGCUAUUAGAUCGUGUGCAGCACCUGGAUUCCCCGGUCACCCUCCGAGCCUCCUACCUGGAGAUCUACAAUGAGCAGGUUUGGGACUUGCUGAGUCUGGGGUCUCCGCGGCCUCUGCCGGUUAGGUGGACCAAGGCUCGAGGCUUCUAUGUGGAGCAGCUUCGGGUGGUGGAGUUUGGCAGUCUGGAGGCUUUGAUGGAGCUCUUGCAGAUGGGUCUUAGCCGUCGUCGGAGCUCCUCACAUACCUUGAACCAGGCCUCCAGCAGAAGCCAUGCUCUGCUUACACUCCACAUCAGCCGCCCAACUUCUCAGCAGGUACCUCCUGUGGACCUUGGGGAGCCCCCUGUUGGAGGAAAGCUGUGCUUCGUGGACCUUGCAGGCAGUGAGAAAGUGGCAGCCACAGGAUCUCGAGGGCAGCUGAUGCUUGAGGCCAAUAGCAUCAACCGCAGCCUAUUGGCAUUGGGACACUGCAUCUCCCUGCUGUUGGACCCUCAGAGGAAGCAGAGCCACAUUCCCUUCCGGGACAGCAAGCUCACCAAGUUGCUGGCAGACUCACUUGGGGGCCGUGGAGUCACACUCAUGGUUGCCUGCGUGUCCCCUUCAGCACAGUGCCUUCCUGAGACUCUCAGCACUCUGCGAUAUGCAAGCCGAGCUCAGCGCAUCACCACCCGGCCACAGGGUCCCAAGUCCCCUGGAGUAAAGCCACCCCAGCAAGCAGAGGCUGAGUUGCUAAGGCUCCAAGAGGAGAAUCGUCACCUGCGGCUCCAGCUGGAUCAAAUGCACACCAGAGAACCAGGGGGGGCCCAUGGAGCCCGGGUGGCCUGGGCCCAGCGGAACCUCUAUGGGAUGCUGCAGGAGUUUAUGCUGGAGAACGAGAGGCUCAGGAAGGAAAUGCGACAGCUGCGAAGUAGCCGGGACCUGGCCCGGGCAGAGCAGCGUGUCCUGGCCCAGCAGGUCCAUGAACUGGAGAGGCGCCUCCUUUCGGCUUGUCCCUUUCCCCAGCAGGGCUCUACCCCUGUGUGUCCCUGCAGGAUGGUUCCAGCUGCCUCCUGCCACGCACUGCCACCCCUCUGCUACUGCCACCACCUCUGUCCUCUGUGCCGAGUGUCCUUGGCCCACUGGGCUUGUCCACGGAGAGAGUGCCACAUGCCACAGCAGGUGCUGGAGCCCGAGGUGUCUCAGUCUGUGCGGCCCCCACCCUGGGCACCUCCACCAAGACCAGGCUCUGCCAACCCCCCACAAGAGAGGAGUCAGAGUGACUGGACCCAGACACGAGUCCUGGCAGAGAUGCUGAUGGGAGAAGAAGUGUUACCCUCUGCACCACCCCUGCCUGCAGGGCCCUCAAACAUGCCACAUGUGCUAAGAGGCCUUCCCUGCAGGCCUCUGAGCCCCUCCUUGUUGUCUUUGCUUUCUGCAAGUCCUCUGCUGCCCCCAGGUGGACAAGGGACAUUCAUACGUUUUCAGCAGAAUCCCAGUCAGGACUCGGGUCUCAGCACUAACAGGGAUUACUUGCCGUCUGAAGGGGUGUGCCGCGAGGGAAGCAGGGAGGAGGAAGGACGAUGGCUGGAACCCCUGGAGGAGAGAGAAGAGAAUGGAGAGGGAUCAUAGCACCGUGGAUGGGAGGAGUCUGUGCUCUGAUGUGAACAGAUGUGGGCUUGAAAAUCUCCCAUGAACGUAUGUAAAUCUAGAGGCUAGGGAUGUUGCUCAAUUGGUAGCGCUCUUGUCCAACAUGCAGGAAGCCCUGGGUUUAACCAGCCCCCGCUCCCGACACACACACAGCAUAAACCAGGUGUAGUUGUAGUGCAUGCUUGUAAUUCUAGCACUCAUGGGAGGAUCAGACAGCCAAGGCAGUGCUGACUACAAAUCCAGUUCAAGGGCAGCCUGAGCUAUGUAAGACUCUGUCUCAAAAAAAAAAUGUUGCUGUUUUAAAUCAAAAUGUUAAUGUGUUACCUUCUUUGGGCCUGUUAUUUAAAAAAAAAAAAAAACAAACCCUAAAUCAUUAGGGAUGAUACAAAGUGUGUUAUCCUCUCUCCAAACUUCCUUUAACUGGUUUAGUCUAAAAGUAGCAUCCUGUUUGGUUCUGCAGCAUAUAUUUUAUGGAGGUCACAAUGACCCUUCAGCUCUCACCAUACCCUAAGAACAGUGCUGUUGCCUGGCCUGUUGGCAUUCACCCCUUCAACCUUCACCACAAAGCUAGGAUCCAGGGACUUGUGUUAGCCCUGUUUAUUGGUGAAGAAAUGAGAACCAAGAGGCCUCAGCAACCUUUUCAAGCACACACAACAGGAAAACCACAGGGAAGCUGGCAGGCUUUGGAGGCUCUGCUCUUGACCUCCUUCAGAGGCUCCCUUUCUUAUGGUGGAGCCCUAGUGGGUCUUGUCAUUCCAGGAGAGUCAAAACCUAUGUCAGUGAAAGGCAACUGCACAUGUGUCUGAGGUAAGUGUGGGGGUUCAUCUGGGUACUGAUGGGAAACCAGUGUGGCUCGGUGAAGGGAUAGCAUCUCUCCCUGUCCUGUUUAUCCUAACGGAUACGAGAGGCUGGAGACCAGAGGAAGAGUCUUGGGAGGAAGGAUGCCUUGCUCUAUAGCCUUCCUGGGCCUUAGUUUUGUCAUAUGAGAUAGAAGCCAGAACCAAGAGAGGCCCCUUGGUCUUGCAAACUUUAUUUGACUCAGCACAGGGGAAUGCCAGGGCCAAGA